GAGCGGAGCUGAGAGGGCUAGAGCGGAGAGGGCGGGAGCGGCGGGGGCGCGCGCCGGCGCGGGGCCAGCCUCGCUUUGCCAGGGUCGCUGGCGGACGCGCGCGGCAGUCCGAGCCUUAGACGCGCGGGCGCGGGGGACAGCGCAGAGGCCGCCUGGCUGGAGCAGCCAGAGGGGACAGCUUCGUCGAGAAACGAGGACUUCGGCGGUCCACGGUCCUGGGCGGUCGCGCCAGAGCAGAGCGGUGGGCGCGGUGCGAGAACGAAUCUUUGUGACAUUCUUUCUCAGCAUUCGUUACCCUCUGUUUGCUGAAGACUUUGAUAAAAGCUGGUCUUAGCUGCUGGAUUUCUCCUGAGAAAAGGAUAGCUUCAUAAAUCAGAAAAACAUUUGGGAGGCAUCUAGCCCAGUGUCCUUCUGAAGAUCUUCAUCCCAGAUCCUGGUUCCAGAGAAACCUGACCUGUAGCAAUUACCACACGUGGGCCACACCAUGCAGUGCGUAUGUGUAUGAGGAUGGGAUUAUGCAUCUUCACAGCACUGUGAUAAGAGCAAUGCUAAGAAGACCUUUGGUUUGAAGAAUUAAAAGGAAGAACAACUUCUUCAGAUAAGAAGAGCUUCUUCAAAGAACCUACACUAGAGAAGAUCUGUGGCUAAUGGUGCAGUGUAACUUAAAACUUCUGAGGAGAGCGCUCAUCUUCUGUUAUCAUAGUUCAUGACCUUCCCAGCAGUAUGAGGAUUUAUUUACUCAUGUCUCUUUAAUUUCCUGCAUGAAAAUUACUUAAACAUUGCACACAACGUUUCACAAAGUCUUUUGUGAAAGAAGAAAAAGAAAUUCAGUUUGUGGGUCUCAGCAGGAGUUAAGCUAAUGCAGCUUAAAAUAAUGCCGAAAAAGAAGCGCUUAUCUGCGGGCAGAGUGCCCCUGAUUCUCUUCCUGUGCCAGAUGAUUAGUGCACUGGAAGUACCUCUUGAUCCAAAACUUCUUGAAGACUUGGUACAACCCCCAACCAUCACCCAACAGUCUCCAAAAGAUUACAUUAUUGACCCUCGGGAGAAUAUUGUAAUCCAGUGUGAGGCCAAAGGGAAACCGCCCCCGAGCUUUUCCUGGACCCGUAAUGGGACUCAUUUUGACAUCGAUAAAGACGCUUUGGUCACCAUGAAGCCUGGCACAGGAACUCUCAUAAUUAAUAUUAUGAGUGAAGGGAAAGCUGAGACCUACGAAGGAGUCUAUCAGUGUACAGCAAGGAAUGAACGCGGAGCUGCCAUUUCUAAUAACAUUGUCGUCCGCCCAUCCCGAUCACCAUUAUGGACCAAAGAAAAACUUGAACCAAUCACACUUCAAAAUGGUCAAUCUUUAGUACUUCCCUGCAGACCCCCAAUUGGAUUACCACCACCUAUAAUAUUUUGGAUGGAUAAUUCCUUUCAAAGACUUCCACAAAGUGAGAGAGUUUCUCAAGGUCUGAAUGGGGACCUUUAUUUUUCCAAUGUCCUCCCAGAGGAUACCCGUGAAGACUAUAUCUGUUAUGCCAGAUUUAAUCAUACUCAAACCAUACAGCAGAAGCAACCUAUUUCUGUGAAGGUGAUUUCUGUGGAUGAAUUGAAUGACACUAUAGCUGCUAAUUUGAGUGACACUGAGUUUUAUGGUGCUAAAUCAAAUAGAGAGAGGCCACCAACAUUUUUAACUCCAGAAGGCAAUGCAAGUAACAAAGAGGAAUUAAGAGGAAAUGUGCUUUUACUGGAGUGCAUUGCAGAAGGACUGCCUACCCCACUUAUUUACUGGGCAAAAGAAGAUGGAAUUUUACCCACCAACAGGACAUCUUAUAAGAACUUUAAGAAAACCUUGCAGAUCACUCAUGUUUCAGAAGCAGACUCUGGAAAUUACCAAUGUAUAGCAAAAAAUGCAUUAGGAGCCAUCCACCAUACCAUUUCUGUUAGAGUUAAAGCGGCUCCAUACUGGAUCAUGGCCCCUCAAAAUCUUGUGCUGUCCCCAGGAGAGGAUGGGACCUUGAUCUGCAGAGCUAAUGGCAACCCCAAACCCAGAAUUAGCUGGUUAACAAAUGGAGUCCCAAUAGAAAUUGCCCCCGAUGACCCCAGCAGAAAAAUUGAUGGCGAUACCAUUAUUUUUUCAAAUGUUCAAGAAAGAUCAAGUGCAGUAUAUCAGUGCAAUGCCUCUAACGAAUAUGGAUAUUUACUGGCAAACGCAUUUGUAAAUGUGCUGGCUGAGCCACCACGAAUCCUCACACCUGCAAACACACUCUACCAGGUCAUUGCAAACAGGCCUGCUUUACUAGACUGUGCCUUCUUUGGGUCUCCUCUCCCAACCAUUGAGUGGUUUAAAGGAGCUAAAGGAAGUGCUCUUCAUGAAGAUAUUUAUGUUUUACAUGAAAAUGGAACUUUGGAAAUUCCUGUGGCCCAAAAGGACAGUACGGGAACUUACACAUGUGUUGCAAGGAAUAAAUUAGGGAUGGCAAAGAAUGACGUCCACUUAGAAAUCAAAGAUCCUACAUGGAUCAUUAAACAGCCCGAAUAUGCAGUUGUGCAAAGAGGGGGCAUGGUGUCAUUUGAAUGCAAAGUGAAACAUGAUCACACCUUAGUCCUCACUGUCCUGUGGCUGAAGGACAAUGAGGAACUGCCCAGUGAUGAAAGGUUCACUGUGGACAAGGAUCAUCUGGUGGUAGCUGAUGUCAGUGAUGAUGACAGUGGGACCUACACGUGUGUGGCCAACACCACUCUGGACAGCGUCUCCGCCAGUGCUGUGCUUAGCGUUGUUGCUCCUACUCCAACUCCAGUUCCCGUUUACGAUGUUCCAAAUCCUCCCUUUGACUUAGAACUGACAGAUCAACUUGACAAAAGUGUUCAGCUGUCAUGGACCCCAGGCGAUGACAACAAUAGCCCUAUUACAAAAUUCAUCAUCGAAUAUGAAGAUGCGAUGCAUGAGCCAGGGCUGUGGCACCACCAAACUGAAGUUUCUGGAACACAGACCACAGCCCAGCUAAAGCUGUCUCCUUAUGUGAACUACUCCUUCCGCGUGACAGCCGUGAACAGCAUCGGGAAGAGCUUGCCUAGUGAGGCAUCUGAGCAGUAUUUGACGAAGGCCUCAGAACCAGAUAAAAACCCCACAGCUGUGGAAGGAUUGGGAUCAGAGCCUGAUAAUUUGGUGAUUACAUGGAAGCCCUUGAAUGGUUUUGAAUCUAAUGGGCCAGGCCUUCAAUACAAAGUUAGCUGGCGCCAGAAAGAUGGUGAUGAUGAAUGGACGUCUGUGGUUGUGGCAAAUGUAUCCAAAUAUAUUGUCUCAGGCACGCCAACCUUUGUUCCAUACCUGAUCAAAGUUCAGGCCCUGAAUGAUGUGGGGUUUGCCCCCGAGCCAGCUGUAGUCAUGGGACAUUCUGGAGAAGACCUCCCAAUGGUUGCUCCCGGGAAUGUGCAAGUGAAUGUGGUGAACAGUACCUUAGCCGAAGUGCACUGGGACCCAGUACCUCUGAAAAGCAUCCGAGGACACCUGCAAGGCUAUCGGAUUUACUACUGGAAGACACAAAAUUCACCUAAAAGAAACAGACGUCACAUUGAGAAAAAGAUCCUCACCUUCCAAGGCAGCAAGACGCAUGGCAUGUUGCCGGGGCUGGAGCCCUUUAGCCACUACACACUGAACGUCCGAGUGGUCAAUGGGAAAGGGGAGGGCCCAGCCAGCCCUGACAAAGUCUUUAAUACUCCAGAAGGAGUCCCCAGUGCUCCCUCGUCUUUGAAGAUUGUGAAUCCGACACUGGACUCUCUCACUUUGGAAUGGGAUCCACCGAGCCACCCGAAUGGCAUUUUGACAGAGUACACCUUAAAGUAUCAGCCAAUUAACAGCACACAUGAAUUAGGCCCUCUGGUAGAUUUGAAAAUUCCUGCCAAUAAGACGCGGUGGACUUUAAAAAAUUUAAAUUUCAGCACUCGAUAUAAGUUUUAUUUCUAUGCACAAACAUCAGCAGGAUCAGGAAGUCAGAUUACAGAGGAAGCAGUAACAACUGUGGAUGAAGGUAAGAUGGCUGGUAUUCUUCCACCUGAUGUAGGUGCAGGCAAAGUUCAAGCAGUAAAUCCCAGGAUCAGCAAUCUUACUGCUGCAGCUGCUGAGACCUAUGCCAAUAUCAGUUGGGAAUAUGAGGGACCAGAGCAUGUCAACUUUUAUGUUGAAUAUGGUGUAGCAGGCAGCAAAGAAGAAUGGAGAAAAGAAAUUGUAAAUGGUUCUCGGAGCUUCUUUGGGUUAAAGGGUCUAAUGCCAGGAACAGCAUACAAAGUUCGAGUUGGUGCAGUGGGGGACUCUGGUUUUGUGAGUUCAGAGGCUGUGUUUGAGACGGGCCCAGGUGAGGCGCACACCACACCUGUUCAGGCUCCCGCUCAGAGGUGGAGGCCGCCAGGUGCUCCAGCUGGAGCGAUGGCAAGCCGGCAGGUGGAUAUUGCAACUCAGGGCUGGUUCAUUGGUCUGAUGUGUGCUGUCGCUCUCCUUAUCUUAAUUUUGCUGAUUGUUUGCUUCAUCAGAAGAAACAAGGGUGGUAAAUAUCCAGUUAAAGAAAAGGAAGAUGCACAUGCUGACCCUGAAAUCCAGCCUAUGAAGGAAGACGAUGGAACGUUUGGGGAAUACAGUGACGCAGAAGACCACAAGCCUUUGAAAAAAGGAAGUCGAACUCCUUCAGACAGGACUGUGAAAAAAGAAGACAGCGAUGACAGCCUAGUUGACUAUGGAGAAGGGGUGAACGGCCAGUUCAAUGAGGAUGGCUCCUUUAUUGGACAAUACAGCGGUAAGAAAGAGAAAGAACCGGCUGAAGGAAACGAAAGCUCAGAGGCACCUUCUCCUGUCAACGCCAUGAAUUCCUUUGUUUAAUUAUUCAGCUCUUUGCCAGUAUUCCGUUUCUCUAGAAUGUUUAUCCUAAGCACUUGUUCGUCAGCCCUCUCAUACUAUGAACAUAUGGGUAGAGAGUGUAUUUUCUGCUGUAUGUUAAUAUUAUGAGACUAGUUAGAGCAAAAACAUAACUCAGUCAAAUGAUAUGUUAAUGUGAACUGGAAUGCAAAGUGCAUACUUUUUCAUUCAAAAUGGGUACUCUUGAUUUCCUCAGCACUGAGAAAAAAUAAUGCAACAUCACCAACAGAUCCUGUUAUUUCCUCUUCAGGAUACAGUUCAAUAUGAUGCAUGAAAAAUGCUCCACAUUUAAAGGACAUACCUGUGUAUGUUAUGAAAACAUGGUUUGCUACUUUGUUUAUACUAUCCUCAGCUGAACCCCUAAAUAUGAAUUCCAUUUUCAUUGUCAAGAGUGUUACUGUAGUAUUCUCUAGGACUUCAAUGUCUUUGUGGACAUUGUUGUGAAAUUGGUGACUCUGUGUCUAGCUGUCGUUUGUCUUUUUGGGAGACUCUUAGGAACAGUAUGUACAGUAUAUACUUGCUAAAUGAGUUCAUUAUGACAGUCGCAUUGCUGAUGCUUACUGAGAACUAUUUCCUGCUCUUGGCUCCUGUUACUCCGUAGGCUUCUUAAUCGUCCAGGCAUUACAGCAGCACAGUGUUCUACUUUGUACAUCAUUUCUAUGUUCCGUUGUUUUUAGGCAUAAACAAUGUGUAUUGCAAUGCAUUUCGGCAUUUGUGCCAUACCGAAAGAAUCAAAAACAAGUCAUUCAAAUUAAAUUUCAAACAUUACUCCAGAGAACACAGGGCAAGACACAUAUAGUGCCUUCAGACAUUAAGCAUUCCAUAACAUACUGCAUUCUGUAUUAGCUGCUCCAGUCCAUUCUGAGUCCUAGAUUACUGUCAUUGUCUAAAAGCAACUUUUAAAAAGCAGAGUUCAUGAAAACUGCAAUGCUGGGAAAAGAAAGAAACAUGAAAAUGAAAAUAAUGAGACAGUUUAUUUGAAAUAGCAUUUCCUCAUAAGCAUAAAAAGAAGCUUUGUCACCAACUGAAGCACGUAAUGAUUUUGUGGUCCUUUAUGGCUUCUGCUACAUUCAGUAAGAAAGAUGUCUACAUGCUAGAAAAUUAAUUUUAAAAAUUAAGUUAUUCCAACACCAAAAGCAUACAAUAGCAUGCCAACAGUAAUAUAUUAUUCUCCAAGACUUUACCUAUGUGAGUUCAAAACUCUGCAGCAUUAAGCGAUGUGUAUGCAAAUUGCUACAGACACAUUUCAGAAUCUAAGAAAUCUGACAAGUGCUUAAAAGGCCAGUGGUCCAAGGGAUUACAUCUGCAGUUUAAAAAGUAAGUGUAUCUUCUAUCAUAUUCAUAAACAAUAUCUAUCAAAUGGGUUGCCUCCAAAUAUGAAAAUCUAUAACAACCUAUGGUUGAAGGAAUGCUCAGUUUCAUUUGCCAAUAAAUUGGUUUCUCAUAACUUGCAUCAAGUUUAAUUUUAAGUAAAGCUUUUUAUAUGUAGAUAUUUUGUUGAAUUUGUAAAUACACUUAAAGUGUAGAUGCUAUAUGCUUAUAGGUGGUACAUACAAAUAAACCUGCAAUGAUUAUGUUGUACUGUAUAAGAAGUAAGCUAAUUAAUGCAGUGAAUGGGAUUGGAAAGCAUCUACUUAAAUACCUGUUGGGUUCCCCUCUCCCCCUGCCUUUUUUGCUGUGAAACUGAAAUAGUGAACUUUUCUACAUAUCGACAGCAGAUUUCUAGAUGAAAUCGUCAGAGCUUUGCCUAUGGGGCACAGUAGGCCUAGUCACCGGGCGUCUUUGAUAUGUGUAGGUAAAGCAUAGUUGAAAGUGAUCCCAGGUAAAGAUGGCCCUGAAUACUUUCAUGUCUCUAUAUUCACUUUUCACAGAUCAACUUGUCUACUGAAAACACAAAAAGACAAAACAGGUUUGCCUUGGCAUCAGAGAGCACAAAGAUUAAAAGUUACUUUAAAUUUGCAAAUAUUUGGGGAGAACAAUAAAAAUAUAGUUUUCCUCUUCCAGACUGGUAGAUACUAAAUUUAUCUGUGCAUGAAAGGGUCACUUCUGUAAUAGUGCAACAGAUUUUGUAUUAAAAAUUAAAUGUGGUUUUAAAAGUUCCUCUCUCUUUUGUAAUUUAUCAUGUUCCCAGUGGAGUGUGAAUGUCCAGGUAAUGGUGUAUGUACGGUACAGGCAAAUGUGACUGGAUUUCCCUAAAAAAAAUAACUAUUAAACAGUCUUGAUCUCUU